AUGGUAAAAACACAGAUACAUUAUCCAUCAGUAUGCUUGAAAACAUCACCCUUCAGUAGUAAAAUCACAAAAAAGGACCAAGCACCUUCUGAUCGUACAAUUCUCAAUUGGUAUCAUGAAUUUCAACGCAACAAUUUAAGUGUUGAAGAUGCUGCACGUUCCGGUUAUCCUCGAACUGCUGUCAACGACGAAACAAUUGAUGCUGUCAGAGCAAUAAUAGAAGAUGAUCCUCACUCAACAUACGAACAGAUUCAGGACUCCCUGGGCAUUACUUCAUCAUCGAUCAAUUCAAUUAUUCAUGAUUAUUCGAACUUGCACGAAGUUUGUGCUCGAUGGGUACCUCAUCAGCUCACCGAUGACGAAAAACAGUUCUGUAUUCAAUUUUGUCGUGAUUCAAUGGAAAGAUUUGAAGGAGGCCAAUCCCGUCGUGUAUUCGACAUUAUAACUGCUGACGAAUCAUGGUUGAUCCAACAACAAAAGAGCAAUCAAAAGUUUGGGUGUCACAAACUGAUCUAUGAUCAACCAAAGUUUAUUGACACAAAAGUUCAGGCAAGCCAAGCGAAUGAUGGGGAUUUUCUUCAUGAUAUCCGGUUUAAUCAAGUCCAUACCAUUGGAACGUGGUGGGACGGUAACUACAAGAUGUUACGGGGAAUUCAAUUCAACGACGACAAUGCAAUGUUGAAUGCGUUAGAACAAGCCAUUGACAAUCAACUCACAAAAGAUGAUUUCAAAAAUUGUUUCGACGAUUGGUUUAUUCGAAUGGACAAGUGCAUUGAUGCUGAUGGACAGUACUUCUAA